UCUGUCAGAAUCGUGUUUUAUUUGUUGACAAGAGGUUAACAACUGUUAAUAUUUUGGUAAAUUGUAAAUACUUUGUUCAUAACCGUGAGAAUCGAUUUACGAUUUUACCUCUUCAUGACUCUGUGAAGAAGAUUUAGGACGUAAAAUGUCUAAAACGAAAAUUAGACCUGUGUUUGGAAAAAGGCCCCCUUGCAGCAUAUCCGGACGCCUCCAAGAACGCAAAAACAAAGCCAAAGCUUUACGACUGCUGGAGCAAAGUAGGAAGCCUGAUAAACCGGAAGAUUUCAUCAUAUACGAAGACAGCGAAAGUGAGGAAGAACCCGAACAGGUUCAAAAAGAAGUAAUGACGACGUCGUACAAUUUUGUGAAUUACGUGGUAAACCGCGAAGCCCAGAUUAGUAACAUCAGUUCGGUAUCGGGUGACUACGGUAGUAGACACAUAUUAACUCACGAAAUGUUUAAGGAGACUCCUAUUAAUUUAGGAAAUAUUAAUAAGGUGUUUUGUUCUCAGUGGCUUAGUGAGAGACAAGUCGUGUUUGGUACAAAGUGUAAUAAGCUAAUGGUAUUUGAUGUAGUCACACAUAAGCUUGAUCAAAUCCCGUCACUGGUAAGUAAAAGAGACCCACCAGGAACGGAUCAAUGUGGGAUUCACUCGGUACAGUUGAAUCCAUCAAGAAGUUUACUGGCGACGGCCGCUAGAAACACAUGCGAUAUUGCGGUGUAUAGAUUGCCCACCUUGGAUCCUGUUUGUGUAGGCGAAAACGCGCAUAAAGACUGGGUUUUCGAUAUGUGCUGGUUAGAUGAUGAAUUUCUAGUGUCUGGAUCUAGGGAAACCAAAAUGGCUCUCUGGAGGAUAACCGAAGACAUAGUGGACUCGAUUCACGAGAUUCCCACUUAUAAAUUGAUAUCUCCCUUGUCUUUAAAAGAGUGCAAAAAUGCCCAAAAGAUUAGGGCUUUGACUUUCAAUAAAAGUUAUCGCGAGAUUGCCGCGCUAAGUUUAAAUAGCUACAUUCACAUAUGGUGCGCAGAGACCUUUAAGCAGAAAAUCUCUCGGAAAUUGCCAUCCUCUCAGGAGAGUGUUUGUAUGGCCGUUCAAGAUUCCGGGCUCUACGCGAUCGGUUGCAAGUCUUAUACCUUGCUUUUGGAUUGCCGAACCUUGCAGGCGGUAAAAAAGGUAUCUUCACGGUAUUCCGGGUGCGGUAUCCGAUCGGCCAGUUUCCAGGGCGAUAUUUUGACAGUGGGGACCGGGCUGGGAAUGCUCAUGUUUUACGACUUGAGGGCCGGGAAAUACUUAGAAUCUAGCAUCAAUUCUUCGAGGACCGUCGUACUUAAAGCUAGCAAAGGCUACGUGGUAAGUGUCCGGUUUCCACGGUGGCGCCUCUCGCGGAGCGAUCGAGCGUUUCGUUUCAGUUCCCCGACGAGGAGUACAUGGAUAACAUCCAAAACGUCAAGUAUGUUCCCGCGAUCUACACGCACUGUUACGACACUAGCGGCACGCGGCUAUUUACAGCGGGAGGGCCCUUGCCAGCCACCCUGACCGGGAACUAUGCCGGACUGUGGCAGUGAGACGCCACAGCUACGCCUUUUUAUUGGUUUCAGAUAAAUCGCGUGAUUUGGUUGUAACUGCAUACAAACUUACCACGCCCUAAACAAAUUUUUCCGAAACUUGAUUCAUCUUGGCGAUACAAGGCCAAACUGAAAAUUUUACAUUUUGAACAUGGAACUAAUCAAAAAAGAGAAAACUUUUUUGCGUAGAAUUCAAUGCCGUUUUCGGAAUAAAAGUCGAGUUUCGUUACAUUAAAACAAAUGCUAUAUUGCGAAAAUCGCAUCGCUCUAUCUUUGCUAAUAAGGGAGAUUCCUUGCAUUGACAACACAUAGCUAUUAGAUUAUAUAGUGGCUCUAUUACAGUAAAAAAUGAUGCGCCGCAUGCGGCAUUGAUAUUUUCCUGGAGACGUUUCGACCAUUAACCUGCGCUUUGCGCCAUUUUGUUCUGAUCUCCCCACACUUAACUCGUUUUUCCAGAAUAUUUAAACUUAUUGAUCUGUCAGCGGCCAUGUUGGUUGCUUUUCCAUUGUUGUUUCAUAAGCUCCUGCGUUAUCACCAUAGACAGGGCCUUUGUAUAUCUAGUAGUUAUAUGAUUUACAACCACACACAAUCAGAGCUUUGGUUGGGAAGCGGGGGGAUUAAGACCUCUUUCUCUCCCCCCGUCUUUGUGGAAUCUCUCGCGUGUAAAUAUUAAUUUAAACAAUUUUUAUAAAUAUUUUAACCGUGCAAUGUAUGUAGCGUCGUGGGUAGGUAUAAAUUUGUAGAUAAUUAUCGAAGUGUAAUUUAUGAAUAAAAAACGACUUGCAAC